AAUUAACAACCAGAAUGCUCAUUGCGAACAUCACGUCGCUGUCUUAACAAGUUGGAAAAUGUUAUGCUUUGCGCCGUUGCAGUGCUAACUGUUUUUGGUUUUCAAGAAGGAUAGCUGGAAACAUGUUUGUGAGGUCUAGUUGGCCGCUACGGCAAAACAGGGCCCGGCGACAGCAGGUUUUGCCCAACGCUGCAGUCGUCUAUGCAUUACAGCAAAAUGCGGAGGAAACGUUCCACUUUCUCCGCGUGGACAGUCGGCUCUCACUUCCCAGCGAAAACAUCAUGGUGGCACUGGCUUCCAUAGGACAAUUGCUGGGGCUGAUGGAAUCGGACAUUGAGCGGCUGCUAAACCUGGAACGGAAGGGUAUAUCGUACGCGGUAACCGGCAUGUCGUACACUGAAUUCAUUCACGCCAUACGGUGUUGCGCCAUCCUACAUGGUCAUCUGGCGCUUGAAACGCUGCCUGCGUUACGAGUACCCGAUCUGACUCACGCUCUGUACGGCAGCUUUGUGUCGUACAUUCGAGGCGGGCGACCGCAAGCAGGCGGCCCACCGGCGCACGUCGCAGCGGGGGAGCCGCAGCCCUGCAUGCUGUGGGGCAGCUUCGUGCGCCUGUGCCGCGAUGCUGGAUUCGUAAAGCCUGAAGGGCCCAUGUCGCUGGUGACCCUGGAGCGCAUCUGGCGAGCCUGCAGCGAGCGCUGCGAGCAGGGCCUCACGGAGCAGCUGCACUUUGGCAAGUUCCUGCGCGCGCUUGCGGUGGUGGGCGGGCAGCUGCGAGCGGAGGUUUUUGUGCCGGUGGCGGCGCUGGGGCUGGCGAGCGAGGUGCCGCCGCUGAAGCGAGUACCCAACACCUACUCGUACAAACACUAUCAGGAGGUGGCGGUCAACCUGGGCGGCAAGCGCGCCGUACCGCACCUCACCCUAGAGGCCCUGUCCAGCGCCGUACAGGACAGUGGCCAGUACGAAUUCACCACCUUUCUAGAUGAGGCGCAGCAGGCGGCGGCGCAGCAGCGGCAGCAGGAGCGCGAGGAGCAGCGGCGGCAGGAGCAGCGGUGGUGCCGCGUGUCACCAUGCGUUGCAGCGGCAAGGGCAUCCGCAUCUGCAGACGACUGCAGCAGCAGCUACUCCAGCGGUAUCACGCUGAGCUACGAUGAGAGCCUGGCCUUUAGAAGCAUGACACAGACGGGAGGCGGUGUGACGGGCAGCGACAUGACGCCAGCGGGCAGCCGUGGCGGUGGUGGCGGCGGCGGUGGUGGUGGUGGUGGCACUCUCAGCGCGGGUGCUUCCCCCGUUCGUCCCGUUGCGGCGCCUCCUCCUGCGCGGCCGCGGAGUGCAGGGCUGACGGUGCUGUCGCCGGCUGCUCGGCGGCCCGGGUCGGCCUCGGUCAGGACACGAUCAGGGAGCAGCACGGGCACGUCUACCAGCUCUCCCCGACGUGCCAGCAUGGCCGGCAGCAGCACCCUGCCUCGCAGCCCCCUCAGCGACCCCCCCGAGGCACCCGCGGACAGCUGGCUGGACUGCGACUUCAACGGCCCGGUGCCCAGCUUCAGCGCCCCCACGCAGUCGCAGCCGCCCUCCAUACCGCCCGCCAGCCCCUUGUCGCGGGCCAGCACCGGCAUCUCGGGCCGCAGGCUGGAUACCGAUGAGAUGCUGCCCGCCAGUCGGGAAUCUUCCAGCGUUCAGUUCCUUUGGACGCCUCGCUCGGUGCUGCCCGGCUAUGAAGACUCCCCUCGGGCUUCCAUCCUUAGCGGCGGCGGUGGCGGCGUGGGAGAGACGGCUGCUGCUGCUGCUGCUGCUGCUGCGGUGGCUAUGGUGGUUGCGGAGAGCGGGCUGAGUGGCGAGGGCAGCUGGCGGCGGAUAACGCCCGGUCGCUCGCCGUCUCAGUCCAGUCGGCCGACGACGGACGGGUUUGUCCGGGUGGCUGCCACGGUGGACGGAGCGCCGACGAGCACGUCACGCAUGGGGUCAGAUCGCAGCACGCUUCGAGGCCUGGGGUCCGUGUCAAGCAGGGACGUGGAGAGGAUGGUGGUGACCUCCCCUGUGGCGGGUGUCAGGCCAAUGAUCAGGCCUAUUAGCGCAGAUUAGAGCACCUAGCUUCGCACUGUCUAGUGUCACUUCCGCCGGUGCAGGACCGUGCAUCGUGGCCGCUGCGGUCGUGACGCCCGAGGGUUCCAGCGCUAGCAUGCAGGGGGCAACAAUGGUGGCAGCAGCAGGCACCAGGAGUGCUCCCAGACGCUCAGAGGAUGCACCGGAUCUGUGUGAUGUCACCACCCAGCAUCCGUCAUCCUCUUGCACCGCCCGUGCGGGCGCUAGCGAGCAUCCAACAAGCAUUGUAGCUUUCCCUUUAGAUAACACAGCGCCGCCUGCCGCGGCCCUAGCCGACCGACGGCAGCACCCUGCGGACACCAGGUUCGGCGGCCAGGCAGUUGACGAUAGCCAGAGCUGCGGCAAGGCGGUUUCAGACGCUGCCAUCACUCAAGCUGAAGCAGGCCUGCCAAGCACGUCUGCAGCAGCUGCUAAUACUGCUGAUGGUGGUGGGGUCGCCACCUCGUCGCAUGCUGAACAGCUGGCAGCAGCCCUGCAGGAGCUGCGCAGCCGUGUUGAGCGACUGGAGGCGGACCGUGCGGCGUGUGAGACCGCAGCCAGGGCUGAGGCGGGUCAUGCACGGGCUCGGCUGCAUGCGCUGCGACUGGCGGGUGAUGGGGGCUGCCCGGCUGGCAGGGCCCCGUUCGAGGAGCUCCAUGCUGGCGCUGUGCAGGCCCCCGCUGCGAGCAGUGUAGUGGUCGAGCUUGCAGACGUGCUUGCCUGCAUGCAUUCUCGUGCCGGGGAGCAUGGGCCGGCUGCUAGCGCAGAAGCGGAGGCCAAGGCGGACGACUCGGCUCUAGACGCGGUGGAGGAGCAGCAGGCUCGUCUUCUGCAGCUUCAAGCCGAAAUUAGCAGCUUGUCACAGAGGAUAGCAAAGCAGGCAGCGGCGCACGAGGCUCGGGUUUCGGAGCUAGUGGCCUCCGUACGGCAGCAGUCCGAGCAGCAAGGAGACCUCCAUGCGCUGGUUGCAACCAAGCUGUCCGCUACGGCAGCCGUGGAAAGCAAGCUGGGGGAGCUGUCCUGUGACAUGGUCGUGCUGCGUGCAGCCCAGGAGGAGCUCAUGGAGCGGCAGCAGCGACAUGAAGCAGCAGCGGAGGAGCUGGGCUUGCAACUGCGAGCGCUCUCGGAGGAGCUGAUGCAGCAGCGGGAGAGGGCGCACGUGGCAUGUACCGGUACCUCUCUUGGGGCAUGUGCCACGGUUGCUUGCACAGCCGCAGGCGUGUCGGCCCAGCAGGACGAUCAAGACGCUGAAGCAUCAGCAGUGCGAACGCACAGCGGUUCAGGCACUGGCUCUCCAGGUGCCAGCUGCACUGCACCACUGGAGCCCUCUGCCGCUCUUGUGACUGCUGGUGGCCCCCCAAUGGCAGAAGCCACGGAGGCUCGUGAGGGGGGUGUAGCAGCCUGGGUUGGUGAGGAGCUGGCGGCGCUGAGGGCUGAGCUGCGGCGGCUUGCCGACGUGGUGGCAGCCAGGCAGGAGCGAGCAGCUUCGGUCAAAUCUUCGUUUGAUGUGUCCUUAGCGGCAGCCCCUGGUGGCGACGGCAGCUGCGAAUGCGUGGCCGGCAUGCGUCCUAAGCUGCCGGCAGGGGCUGGGCAGGAGCAGGGGCAGGAGCAGGAGCAUGCAUGCAUGCAUGCCUCGGCGCCCGUUAUUGGCAGUGCGGAGGCCUUCCCGGAGGGCCUCCUGCGGGAGCUUGUGAGCCAGCAGCAGCAGCUGGCUGCGGAGGUGGCGGAGUUGCAGGCGGUGUUGAGGGAGCAUGCCGCGCCUCAUGCGGUCUUUGUGGAUGCGACCGGGGAUGUCUACCCGGCUGCAGCGCAGGAGGCGCAGCAGGCAGGCUGCAGGCAGGCUGUCGCAGCAGCAGCCCAACCUCAUCCGGAUGUCCAUGGCUCGUCCCCUCCUAGCAUGUACAAGACGCUACGGGACGGAGCAGCAAUGCGUGUUGCGGAAAGCGGUGACCGGCUGGAGGAGCCCAGCAGCCUCGAGCAGUCGGUGCGGUCAGCGCUGCACAGCGGGGAGGACGGCGGCGGUGGGGCCUUGAAGAGCCUGGCGGCUUUGCAGCACCAGGGCGCAGGGGCUCGCGAUGUGGGCGUCAAUGAGGACACGGACUGCAAUGAGCAGUCUGAUGUGAAGGAGCCCAGUCGGUCAGCCAGGUCAGGUUGUGCCCUCGCGUCGAGUGACGAUGGCGCCGGCGUGGUUGCAGUUGUUCGGGAGGUGGAGUCAUGUCAACCGUACGGCGAUGGGAGAGAAGCUGACGGCGGCGGUGCGAAAGCGACCCGCCCUCCAAGUCGGCUGCUGCAUCUGUACGCGCUGCUCUCGGAGAGCGUCAUGGAGCGCUUCAGCACGAUGGAGCAAGCGCUACUGAGGAUCGCCCGACAAGUUGACAAGCUACAACGGGAGCUCAAACGGUACACCGAAGCUGAGCGAGGCGGCGGCUCGGAUACCCUCGUGGCGUACAUGGGGGACCCGAGUGCCGGCAAGCUUGUCAGCGUUGACGGCGCGAUGGCACGAGCCGCCAAACGGAUGACACGCAAACAGCACUCCGUGACCUUUUCAGAUGGUUGAGCACACGGAUGAACAUGCAGUGGUUUAGUGUCUGUGCAAGUGUUUGUAGUGGAGUCGCAUUUGGGCUCGUAACGCUUUGCAUGACGCCGUACGCAUGGAUCUUUUGGCGAAGGACCUCUCCUGACCGGACCGUUACCCUGCAUGACCCACCUUGGCUGUGAAGGCGCUGAUCAUGACCACCCUGCGCAACUGUUGCCGCGCUAGUAAGUUAAUGCAUUUGAUGCCCUCUUAAGUCCCACGGAGGUAGACUAAUUAGGAUAUCGCCUAGGAUGCUAUUUAGGAUGAGCUAGAACUGUUAUAACCACUUGUACUGAACUUUACUGGGUACUUUGGGCUUACUUACACUGCACACUUUGCUUUUAGUGCUGAUUCGAGGAGUGAGACUUAUAUUACACCAGGACGUGGAGACGUCUUUAGCCAAAGCCACAUGCGC